UAGUUGUCAUUGAAAAUCGAUUUGAUUCUCGUCUUUUUGUUUGGGAUUAUUGUACCUAUUUAAUGUAUUAUUAUUGUAUUACAAUUUGUAAUUGGCAUUGAAUGCAAUUUUUGAAAAAUGGUGAAAUGUUGUUAAAUAUCAAAAUGCUAUAGGGAAUCAUAUACUGGUUGUUGAAUAUCUUUUUAUAGGUAUUUUUUUUAUUCUCUACCUUUGUACGGUAAAAGAGAUUGGAGACAGUUUGCAGAAUAAAUAUGCGAUACAAUUAAAUAUGGAGUCACCAAUUCUUGAGGCAAACAGUACAGCAGUACUUUCACACACUCAACAACAACAAAAUAGUCCAAGCCCAACCUGUUCAAGACCAACUAGCCCAAAUGCAAGCAGUCCAAGCACAACAGUACCAAUGCCAACAUGUCCAAGCACAACAGGACCAAUUCCAACAUGUCCAAGCACAACAGGACCAAUGCCAACAUGUCCAAGCACAACAGGACCAAUGCCAACAUGUCCAAUCACAACAGGACCAAUGCCAACAUGUCCAAGCACAACAGGACCAACGCCAACAUGUCCAAGCACAACAGAACCAAUGCCAACAUGUCCAAUCACAACAGGACCAAUGCCAACAUGCCAAGCACAACAGGACCAAUGCCAACAUGUCCAAGCACAACAGGUCCAAUGCCAACAUGUCCAAGCACAACAGGACCAAUACCAACAUGUCCAAGCACAACAGGACCAAUGCCAACAUGUCCAAACAUGAAAGAAGCAGCAGUACAAACAAUAGAUGAUGCUGACGAAGUUUUAAACGAAAAGUUAAGGGAAAAAAUAAAACUAUUAUCUAAAAAGUUAAAAAAACGGGAAAAUCGGAUAAAGAAGCAGCGUAGUGCUCUAAGAUUGCUUAAAGAUGCGAUUAUAAUAAUACCUCAUGAAGUAUAAUAAUUGUAAGAUAAUAUGAGAUGAAGUAUUAUAAAACUAUAACUAAUUUUUUUGUCAAUAAAAGCAAAAAGUCUUGCAACAAAUGAAGUAUAAAAAAAACAAUAAGCUUGUCCCGGGACAGCAUUAACUUAAGAAUAUAUUUAAUUUGGGUCACAAGAUUACCACCAUGUGGCAUAUGAAAUCAACUACUAUAGUCUGUCUAAAUAAGAUAGAUUAGUUUGAUAAAUGAUUCAUAUGAAGCAUCGAAUUCGAGUUUUUUAUGAAGUAUUGAAAUUAUCGAAUUUUAGCAAACAAUUAUGAACUAUCAAUAUUCGGUUUAUAUAAAAUUUAUCGAACUUAACUAAGAUUAUUAUUUUAAUUUAGAGGACUUUAAGAGGAACUAGGAGAAUUUCGCUAUGACAAAAAUAAUAGCGAAAUCCAGUUUGAUUAUGUACUGCUGUAGUAGUAAUAAAUAUUUGUUUACUCUCAUU